AUGGAAUCGGCAGAAGUAACACAAAUUAAUAUUACAACAACAAAGAAUAAUAAAACCACAAUCAUACCAAUAUAUCGGCCACCUAAUAAGAAGGUUAAAACAUUUUUACAAGAAUUAGAAAAACUCUUAUAUGGAAUUAAUAGACAGAAUGAAUUAAUAAUUACGGGUGAUGUAAAUAUUGAUAUAAAGAAAAACAAUAAUACUACAAGCAACUACUUAAAUAUCCUAUCAUCCUAUGGCUUACAAUGUAUGAUAAACGAAGUUACCAGAGAAGACAAUAGCAAUCAAUCAAUGACAUGUAUUGACCUUUUAUUCGCAAGGUGGGAUAAACAAUUUGUUCAAGCUUAUGCAGCAAUAAUUAGAAUAGAUAUAUCGGAUCAUUUUGCAAUAUUUGGAAGCGUUAACGAAACAAAAUCGUUAUUGAAUCACACACAAGACAGACAGACAAACGAAACUUCUACGAUUAACAUCUCCAAAGUCAACCAACAAAUAAAUGACACAGACUGGGAACGAAUAAUCAUUUCAUCCAAUAAUACAAAUGAACUGUUUAACAAUAUCUACAAAACAUUCAAUGAUAUCUAUACAAAUUCAACAAGCCAACAAACAAAACAUAAAAAAAGAAAUCCACACCCUUGGCUCAAUGAGCAUAUAUUAAAAUGUUCUAAAAAUGAUUAUUAUUAUCGCCAAUUUUUAAUAAAUCGAAACAAUAUACGAGGUACUUGGCAAAUCAUCAAUAAAAUCACCGGUAAGAAGACGGAAAACUUAAAUGAUACAAUAAAAAGAAACUUUAAAGAUGAAUCACUAAAAGAUAUAACCGAAAACUUUGCCCUAAAAUUCAAUGAAAAUGUUCUAAAAAUAGUUCACUCAUGCUCAAUAACCACAUUAAAUGCAAACGCGGAAAAUAUAAUCAACAACUCACUUUAUAUAGAAUACGCGACUGAAGAAGAAAUUAAUAACAUACUGAAGACCUUGAAUAUAAGAAAAAGUGCAGGAAUAGAUAAUAUACGAGCAGUGGACUUAAAAAACCAUGCCAAUUUGUUAACACCAAUAAUAACAAAACUUAUUGAUGGAAGUAUUAGUGAAUCGUCCAUACCAAACAUAAUGAAACAAUCCAUUAUAAGACCAAUUUUUAAGAGCGGCGAAAAAACAGAUUACAAUAACUAUCGACCGAUAGCUAUUCUACCAGUCGUUGAAAAAGUAUUAGAGGAAAUCAUUGUAAGAAGACUAAACAGUUUUUUAAAGAAAUACAACAUCAUAAACAAACAGCAGUAUGGGUUCAAAAAAGGAAAAAAUAUAAACCAACUCCUGGGUUACUUCUUUAAUCACAUCAAUGAAUCACUGGACCAAAACAACAAUUGCUUAGCGUUAUUCAUCGACUUUAGCAAGGCCUUUGACAUAUUGCCUCAUGACAAAAUGGAUAGAAAUGCUCGAAAGGAGCGAACGUUUUGUGUUAAAAUAAGUAACACAAGCAGUAGUAUGUUGAAUGCUCCAUACGGUGUACCACAAGGUUCGAAACUUGGUCCAAUCCUGUACAUCAUCUACUCAAAUGAGAUGGUACGUCAACUUAAAAACAGCACCGCGUUCACAUACUCAGACGAUACAGCCAUUGUAGUAUGCAACAAGUCAUUGAAUACUGCAAUAAAAACGCUGCAAAACGAGCUGGAUAUAAUCACUAGAUGGUGUCACGAUAGCGGCUUAAUCAUAAACUCAUCUAAAACCAAAGUAAUGCACAUCAGACCAAAAAGUAUACCAAAAUCAAAUAUUCAUAUCAUAUAUCACGACACAGAAUGUCUACAUAAAAAUUGCAAUGCAGUUAGCUUACAUGACAAGUGCAAUGGCAAAUGCAGUACAGAACUCGAGCUAGUGGAAACCUAUAAAUACCUUGGAGUUCAUUUGGACGACGGUUUUAAAUGGAAAGUACAUAUACAGCAUCUGCAAAAGAAACUACGACAAUCAGCCUACGCACUAUAUCAUCUCGAGUUGCAUUUUUCAACACGACGGUCCUCAACUACAAUAUUUUGGCCUUUAGGUUUGCCGCUAGGUCGUUUGAAAUCAAUUAGUGGGCAAGAAAAAAAGUUUAAAAUUGCAAUAACGUAG